CCCUCAACACACUCUAAACUCCAAAGUACCUCCUUCAUCUUACAGACAACCAGCUCAAGCUUACACGUUCUUGGAAAUGUGGAGCAGUCGUGUGGCUCUGCGUCGGCUCCAGAGGAUCGCAGUUGCUCCUUUGAGUGUCUCUGGUGGUGCAACAGCUAAAGUGCAGAGGGAGAUGUCGACCCUGCAACGGGUGUAUGUCACCAGACAGAUCCCACCUGAGGGACUGAAGAUCCUCCGGGAAUCAGAACAGGUGCAGUUCGAGCUGUGGAACUCAGACGAUGUCCCCGUGCCGAGGAAGGAGCUGCUCGAGAAAGUGAAAGGUGUUGACGGUCUGCUCUGCGUGCUGACAGAAAAGAUUGAUGCAGAGCUGCUGGACGCAGCAGGUCCAAACCUGAAGGUGGUCAGUACUAUGUCUGUGGGUUAUGAUCAUCUGUUUUUGCAGGAGCUGAAGAAAAGAGGAAUCCGUGUAGGUUACACCCCUGAUGUUCUGACAGAUGCUGUUGCUGAGCUGACUGUAGCUCUGCUGCUCGCCACCUCCAGGAGGCUCGUCGAGGCCACACAUGAAGCUAAGAUUGGUGGCUGGGGCACGUGGAGAACUCUGUGGUUGUGUGGAUAUGAGCUGGCCAACAGCACUGUGGGUAUUCUGGGUCUCGGACGGAUCGGUGUGGCUAUUGCAGAGCGUCUGGCUCCCUUCAAAGUCAAGAAGUUUAUCUACACAGAUGUGGCUCCCAGGCCUGAGCUGGCCAAUGCCAUCAAUGCAGAGUACGUCUCUAUGGAUGAGCUGGCAAAGCAGUCAGACUUCCUGGCUGUGUGCUGUGCUUUAACACCAGAGACAAGAGAGAUCUGCAACGAGAACCUUUUCUCCAAAAUGAAAAAAACCUCCAUCUUCGUCAACACAAGCAGAGGGGGGGUGGUGAACCAGGAGGACCUCUAUCAGGCUCUGUCCACAGGACAGAUAGCAGGAGCUGGGUUGGAUGUCACCGUACCCGAGCCCCUCCCCACCAACCACCCUCUGUUCACCCUGAACAACUGCGUGAUCCUUCCACAUAUUGCCAGCGCCUCCUACACCACCCGGGACGCCAUGUCCGCCCUGGCAGCCAACAACCUCCUGCUCGGCCUGCGGGGGCAGCCGAUGAUCACAGAGCUCAAGCUGUGAAAUGUUUUUGAAUAAAUGUAGGUUUGUAUUCUA